GUGUUCACAUGACCUAUAUAUAUGUUAUUUAGGUAAGUCUUAAAUACUUCGAUUAAGUUUAUUUGAUUGGAUUCGCUUGGUGUGGGUGUUGUGUAUCUUCACCUACAACUGCAAGACAAGUCGAAGUUAUUUUUAGAUUAUAUUUACGUUAAAUGGACAGAAUUUAUUUACUUAUUCUAUUUACAAUGAAAACACCGAGCACUGAAAUCUGUUAUCGUCACGGAAGUUCUGCAAAAAUAGCUUAAGUAUCUAUUACAUCACGGUAUAUACCAUGGCAAAACGUCAUCGGCACCUAAGUCAAAUUAAAAAAUACUACAGAGCUUGCAUCAGUAGGUGAAAUAGUCCUCUAACAAUGUAGUUUCUCAGGAUCUAAUCUGUUAGUUUAUAUGAAAUACGUAACAGAAACAUUAAGACUGUAUAAAAAAAGAAGAAGAUUGAAUUCAACGUCCUUUUAAAGACAAAUAAGUAUUGUACAUAUAUUUUUUUUGUGGUACUACAUUCGAAUAUGGCGGUCCAAGAAGACAAGAAGAAGUUUUACUGCAGGGAAUGGGCGUUCCAGAAAUUGGCGCACUGUUUGGACCAGAGACCAGUUUCGAAAACUUGCGGUGCAUUAUUAUUAGGGGGUCCAGGAUGUGGUAAAACGACCUUUUGCUCCGAAUUAUGUUGGCCUUCCCAAGGACCGGCUAGUAGACAACAGAGGGCCUUAAAUAGACGCCUAUUAUGUUAUCAUUUCCUUCAAGGUCAUAACGAAAAGAGUUUGUCUUUAAGCGAGUUCGUGAGAUCUCUAGUAACACAGAUUUUGAAUCAUUCCACCGAAAGUCACAAAGAGCGCAGCAUAAGACGAAAAUUAGCUCAAGACGUACAAAAAUCGGAAGACCCUAAAUUCGUUAAAAAUAUUUCGUACGAACAAAACCUUUCGGAAAAUUGCAAUUUACCUCAAGAAAAUUUAUAUUGUAACGUCUAUUCGGAAAAUCUCGUAUCGCCGUGUUUAGAAUCGAAGAAAAUCCAAGAAACUCCUCCUAUACCAAGUUUACCGAUAAACCCACGCACCGUAAUAGCGGACGCUUAUUUGGAAAAACUAAAAUCGGAUCCCGAAAUCCAGAUAGCUCUUAGAGCUAAAAACAUAGAACUAAAUCCGGACGAUUGCCUUAAGAGAGCUCUACUAUUUCCUCUACUCGAAAUAGACCCUCCGAAGACUUCUCUAUUCAUCAUCAUCGAUUCCAUCGACGAACAUUCAUUCGUUUAUUCGAAUUCGACGCUCACUAGGUGCAAACCACGCGAAAGGACGUCGCAAAGUAAAACUAUAGCGGAAUUAUUAGCGAAUCACCAUCACCUGUUCCCCCAAUGGUUGUUAUUAGUUUGUACGGCCAGGAAACAAUCUAAAAGCAUCGCGAAAAUGUUUACCGGUUUUAGGAAAUUGAGUUUGGACGAUUUACGUAAAUCUCAAGUGGUGCGCGACGUGCAGCAGUACAUUCUAGCUCGGUUAGACCAAGAGAACAGUCUGCGACAACACAUAAGUAGAGACACGGCCGAGAUGCUCAAUCAACUACACAUAAAAAGCAACGGUUGCUUUUUAUAUUUAGAAAAAGUGUUAGACGGCGUGUCGGAUAAUUUCAUAGUGCUUAGAGAAGUGCGAGAAAUACCUGGUACUUUGAACGGUUUAUAUUUGUGGUUAUGUCAGAGGUUAUUCAACCGAAGACAAUUCGCUAAAGUCCAACCGCUAUUGAACGUCAUAUUGGCGGCUAAAUGCGCUCUAAACGACGCUCUUUUAUACGACAUCAUCAAAGUUUAUAAUCCUAAGAUAACAGCGGAGGAUUUUAAAAAAAGAUAUCAGCUGUUAAGGAGAGUGGUGGUGGUUUCGAAAGGGGGUACAAUAAGAUUAUUCCAUCACUCGUUCGCAGAAUGGUUAUUAGAUAUAAAACAUUGUACUCAAAAAUAUCUGUGUAACAUUUUCCAAGGACAUUGUAUCCUUGCUAUGUACUAUACUUUACACGCUAAAGUACUGAAUAAUCAGGAGAUAUACGAUUACGCUUUCCAUUUAACUAGAACCGAACAAUAUUUAUCGGACAAACAAAAUCAAAAAUGUCCUACACUGAUGUGUAAAUUGACCCAAGAAAAGAACGUCGCGUUGUCACAAGGCGAAAAUAGUUUAGAGAAAACGUCGACGGAAAUUUAUUCGGACUUGAAAGCCCUACAAGAAUUAACGAAAAAUUACGAAAGAGAAUUAAGUCUCGAUGUCGAUAAUUUGGAGACCAGUUUCGUUGAAACUGAAACUAGUCAAAACAAUCUCGACGAUUGUCAGUUUGAUUUGAGUUUGACUAAAUUGGAACAACAAUACGAGAAUAUUAACGUCAAAAGUCCGAUUUCCGAUAAGAAUCCCAUUUACGCCGAAAUAAAGAAACACAGAAAGAGUAAACAGCAAGUUAAAGUGGAAAACAACGAUUUGAAUAUAAACCCUUCGCAAGAUUCGAAUAAAAUUAGUUUGGACGUUCAUACUUUGACGGUUCUUUGGUUAAUUAACAGCGGAUGUAACGUGGAAGAAUGUCUUUUGGAAGGUAACGAAAUGGCCGGUGUUAAUUUCGGCGCUUUUUUACCUACCGAUCAAAAAGUGUUGAAGUUACUACUGGAAGCGGGGGCAGUGGAACAGGCCGAUGUUGAUGGCUGCGAUUACGAAAGUCAGUUGUCACUGGCUAGUACGUCUAGUGAGCCGAGUCCGGAACCAUUAUUCGAUAUACACGAUAUGCAUGGUCAAGCUGCGCUUCACGUUGCAGCGAGAUUGGGACAGGCCCAAGUAGUAAAGGUACUUUUAGAAGCAGGCGCUAACGCCGAUCAAGCAGAUGUCGAUGGUUGGACUCCUCUUAGAGCGGCGGCUUGGGGAGGACAUACAGAGGUUGUCGAAUUGUUGGUGAAACAUGGUUGUAGUCUCGAUAGCGUCGACGCCGAGAAUCGAACCGCCUUACGAGCCGCCGCUUGGUCCGGUCACGAAGAAAUAGUAAAAAUCCUUCUUCAAAAUGGAGCUAAUGUCAAUUUAACCGACCACGAAGGUCGAACAGCCCUUAUAGCUGCCGCUUAUAUGGGACACGCCGAUAUUGUAGAACAUUUACUAAAUUUCGGAGCCGAUAUUAAUCACGCCGAUGCCGAUGGAAGAACGGCUCUAUCGGUAGCAGCUUUGUGCGCUCCGAGAACACCAGGGGCUAAUGUCGUCGCGACGUUAUUGGAAAGGAACGCUACCGUCGAUCAUAAGGAUAAGGAAGGGAUGACGCCGUUAUUGGUGGCGUCCUUCGAAGGUCACAGGGACGUUUGCGAACUUCUUUUGGAAAACGAAGCGGACGUAGAUCAUUGCGACCACGGUGGUAGAAGUCCUUUAUGGGCGGCGGCUAGUAUGGGACACGCUCCUGUUGUUGCUCUACUAUUGUUUUGGGGUUGUUGUAUAGAUUCCAUGGAUUCCGAGGGGCGAACUGUAUUGUCAGUUGCAGCCGCUCAAGGUUGCGUUGAAGUCGUCAGACAACUGCUGGACAGAGGUUUGGACGAACAACACCGCGACAAUUCCGGAUGGACGCCAUUACAUUAUGCAGCAUUUGAGGGACAUCUUGAUGUUUGCGAAGCUCUAUUGGAAGCAGGAGCUAGAGUAGAUGAGACUGAUAACGAAGGAAAAGCUCCUUUAGCGUUGGCCUCGCAAGGGGGACACACGGCCUUAGUUAAUUUAUUCAUAGACAAAUAUAACGCACCUGUCGAUCAAAGACCUCACGAUGGAAAGACUGCUCUAAGAUUGGCUGCUUUAGAAGGCCAUUAUGAUAUAGUCCAAAUACUGGUUUCCAAUGGUGCUGAUAUGGACUCCAAAGAUGCCGAUGGUAGAAGUACCCUGUAUGUAUUAGCUCUGGAUAAUAGAUUGGCAAUGGCAAAAUAUUUUGUACAACAAGGUGCUGAUGUAGAAACCAGAGAUUUGGAGGGUCGGACGCCUUUACAUGUGUCAUCUUGGCAAGGACACACGGAAAUGGUAUCACUUUUAUUAACUUACGGUAAAGCACAAGUAGACGCUUGCGAUUUAGAAAAUAGAACGGCAUUACAUUCUGCCAGUUGGCAGGGUCACAGCGAUAUUGUUAAAAUGCUUUUAGAACAUGGAGCAAUGCCCGAUCAUACUUGCAACCAAGGAGCCACAGCUUUAGGUAUAGCGGCUCAAGAAGGUCACGAACUGUGUGUGGUGGCAUUACUGGAACAUGGUGCAGAUCCAAAUCAUUCGGAUGCAUGUGGGAGGAAUGCAUUGAGAGUUGCCGCCAAAUCGGGGCAUAGGGGAGUAGUAAGACUGCUGGAAGAGUACAACGCUAGAUCACACAAAGUGGCGCAUACAAGUAGUAGUGCCAAUUCUAUUACCUCGGCUUCAACUGCAGAAACUAAACCAUCCUGCGCUAUUCUAUAUCCUUCCGGAAGUACAGGAGACUGGUCUGAUCAGCAGAGGAGAUCGAUGGUAUCGUUAGGAAAUCACAGUUCUAAUUCAAAGUCUAGUUCCAAUUUGACUGGAUCGAGUCAGUCAAGUAGACACGGAGAUAGACAAAGAGAAACCGUACAAAAUACUCAGCCCAUGUCGUUUACGCAACAACUUCAACAGUGUACCAGAGGUGGUAAAACCAGACCUCUAAGUAAACUGCUGUCGCCUUUACAAAGUGAACCUCAGAGUCCUAUUUAUGCAUCACCUCCUUUAAGUCCUGUUAAUGAUACUCCCAAUGUUUUCGAUUCCUUCUUAGGCGCAAUGAAUAUAUACCAACCGGUUUUGAGACACAAUAAUUUCGCUAAGGCUCCUGAUACUCAUUUCGCUCGCGAUACUCACAUGAGAAUCAUUUUGGGAAAUACGAGUAGUUCGCCUUUUAGCAAAGACAAAAAACCGGAACCUGUACAGGAAGCUCCAAAUUCCAAAUCAAGUAAUCACAAACCAAAAAGGAAUGGAAUAGUAACUAAUCCAGCUUUAAGACUCGUCGCCAACGUGAAAAACGGACUCGAUACCGCGGCGGCGAAUUUACGAAAAUCCACAUCGGGAGCUAAUCCCGCUUCCAAGACGAACAGUUUCCAUUGGCGCAAGGAGACACCUUUGUAGAAAACAAAAGGAUUUAAUGCGCCAACAACUAGUCAAUAUAUAACGGUUUUAAAAUCGACUUUAAAAAUAAAAUGAACAAUGCUAACGUAUAACAACACUCACCUAGUCUUAAAUAUAUCAAAGAAAUAAUUUUUAAUAGUGAUUAAUUUUACAAUAAGUUUUUUAUGUUUAACUUCCGCCCUCUUCUAUUUUUUUAUACAAGAUUUUUCAAAAUAUUAUUUACUUGUACUCCAAUAACAAAAGCCAUGAAAUAAUCUGGAGUGGUAAUGUUUAAUAGGUUUAGAUGGUUCUAGUAAUGAUAUCUUUGGGAUACCCAGCACCCGUGAUUCUUGUUUGGAUUGUUGGACUACUCUCGUGCUCUCAAAAUUAUAUGGUAAAUCGUUAGACUUGAUUUUUCCAUAUCCUGUGAACAGUUUUUGCAUUUUCUUACUUCCAGUUGAUCUUAAAGAUCCAUUGUUGGUGCUACUUGCUAUGGUUCACGCUAGAAAUAAAAAGGCACAAUAAAUUAUGUAUAUGUAACUGUAUACUUACUUUUGAAUCACCCUAUAAAUCUAACUGGAAAAAAUAAAACAAGCACAAUAACUUUGAACCUUAAACUGUUGAAUUAGUUCAAUUUUUCUGUAAUUCAACUUCAAAUUUUGAAAAAUCUUGUAUAUGACUACUAUUCAUAUACAUAGUGUCCGAAAAAUCUCGUACCAAAUGCAAACUAGUUUCUAGAUGUAUAAUUUUAUCCGAAAGUUCAUUCUAGAAAAUAUUUUUCUAAUAACUUUAUGGUAAAUUUUUUUCAAAAACUGCUCAAUAAACUGGCCUUCAAACCCCCGUAUUUAUUAAUAAAGUUAGAUGGACAUCACAUCUACUAUCUGUAUUUUACAUUUGACUGGAGAGUUUUGGACACCCUGUAUAUAUAUUUCGUUCGGCCUAUGUUAUAAUUCAACGAUGUAUCAUAAUUUUUUCGAUAAAUACGUUUGACUUUUGUGAUAGCUUAGUGUUUAAUAAUAAGUAAUUAAGUAUUCUGUAAAUUGUUUGAAAGGCGUUGAUUAGGGUGUUUUUGUAGUGGUUUUUUUUAAUUGAUAAUGGAUUACUGCCGAUCUAAUAUAAAAAUGUCUGUCAUAACGAUAAUAAAAUAUUCAAUAUCAACGUUUAAAAAUUAUUAUUAACAUAAUUAGAAGCAUCCAGUAUAAGAAAUUAUCCCCGAACAUAUUUUAUUAUAACCAGGUACUAAUUUUUUGUCAAAAGUUGCAUUUAUUCGUUUUUUUUUUGAUACAUUAUAGAAACUAGUGUAUUUAUAAUCGAAAAAUAGUUUGAAAAACCGUAUUUGGUUGGAGUAAAAUUCAAAAUCUAGUUAAAAAUUUGAUAAAUCAGACAUUUGAAAUUUGUUGCAAAGUCAACUUUUUCAAAAAUUUUGUGUUUUUUUCUCAAUUUUACAUUAACGAUAAUCAGAAUAUAGCUUUUGUUAGCUUUGGGCACAUUAUGUGAUUUGAUUGGACAUUUCAUAUGAGAAUUCCAAACUUAUGAAGGGAAAUUUACAAUCUUUCUCUUGAACUUUUAAAUACAUAAUUAAAUGGAUAAUUCGAAUGUGUAACAUCUUAUUUUCUCCAAAAUUAAAAUAACUUUUAUGGUCUUCCAUUUUCGUUUAACCUUGGCAGGCUUUGGUCUGUGUUGUACCAUUUUUACCUAUAACUUCCUAUUGUACCUAUUUCUCCCACUAUCUUCUGCUUUUGCCUUUCUACUCAAUUAUCCUAAAACUUUUUAUCUUUAGUCCUUUUUAUGUUUGUUGUCUUCUUCAUAUUUAAUGAUUUUUUCAGUCGUCUCACCAAUUCAGUUAUUUCUUGUUGAUUUUUUUGUAUUCUUAGGUAUUUCAUUCUGUUAUUUCUAUUUUUGUCUCAAUUUGCCCUCUAAUUGUCAAAUUUACUAUAGCAUAUGUUUAUUUUUCCAUUUUCAUAUCUAUAUCUACAUUUUUGUGUCACAUAUUUUGGUAAUAUUUGAUCGGCAGUUAUUUGAGUUGUAAUAAUACCAAUAUGAAAAGUUCUCUAAUAAAACUGAUGAGUAAUAUUUUAGGGCAAUAUGAAUUUUUUGUUGCAAAUACCUACAGUUUGCCAAGUAGCUUUAUAAAUUUUGAUAAAGUAUCCAGAUAUUCUAUUUGUUCAGUAGGAUCUCAAUUAAAUAUUUUUUAUAUUCGUCAUUAUUAGUUUAUAAGGAUAAAAUUAACUUCCGGGUCUAGUUGCAGGAUUCAUAUAUCGAAUUUUGUCGCUAUUUACAUCACAAAUAUUACAUAUUUUCACAAUCGCUAAAAUUUAUAAAAAAAAAAAAUAAAAAAUUGCGCAUUUUCACUUGGUGUAUUCGAAAACAAAUUAAAAUACCGAUUUGUUUACAGUACACACAAUAUUCCCAUCGUCUUACUUUUUUUCUCUUCGAAUGUGAUCUUUCUAUUUAAAUAUUUUGUUAUGUACUGGGUGAGUCAAAGAGCAACCUGUUUGAGGCCUUUUUGUCUUUUUUGAGCAAAAUUUCCCCUUUCUCAAUUUAUUAUUAUUGGUUAUUCCUAAAACUAGACCUCGAGAUCAAUAAUCAAUUUAAUUACCAAUGAGUUAUAACAAUCGUGGAAUAUUUUUUUGUAAUUAUUUUUGUAAAUUUUUUUUAUUUAUUAAAAAUGUGUCCUAAACUAGUUUACAUUUGAACAGAUUGGUCUAAUUUUGUUUUCUGAGACGUCUGUGUUCAAAUGUAAGUUCAGACCACUAUUGGGGUAGAACCCCUUUAUAUCAAUUAAUAUUAUAUGCCUUUUGUAUUUACAUAAAGCUUUAGUUUUAUACAGUUUUAAAACUUGUGCACUGUAUAUGUUGAAACAGUAUUAAAUAAAACUAUUUAAAAUAUAUAUAACAAUAAA